CUAUAAACCUCUCAAGUCGUCAUGAUCAAGUCAACAAAUAAGAAACUUCCCGUCAAGUUCCUGUCACAAAAAAAAGAUCUAAGAAACAGAUCUAGAGUCUCACUUCUCUUUUGAUCUUAUCAGAAUCCCAAUCACCAAAGUAUCGUUCUUCUUCCCAAAACUAGUUUAAUUCACCCAUCAUGUCUCCUUCAUCUUCCUCUUCCUCCGAUUCUCGCAACUGGUUCUACGAUGUCUUUCCGAGCUUUAGCGGGGAAGACGUCCGCGUAACUUUCUUGAGCCACUUUCUCAAGGAGCUGGAUCGAAAAUUGAUCACUGCUUUCAGAGACAGUGAGAUCGAGAAAAGCCGAUCGCUUGAUCCUGAGCUUAAACAAGCAAUUCAAGAUUCGAGGAUCGCUGUGGUUGUGUUCUCAAGAAACUACGCAUCUUCGAGUUGGUGCCUCAACGAAUUGCUGGAGAUCGUGAGUUGCAAGAAAGAGUUUGGUCAAAUGGUGAUUCCGGUUUUCUACGGUUUAGAUCCUUCCCAUGUAAGAAAACAAACCGGUGAUUUUGGAAAAAUCUUUGAAAAGACAUGCCAGGACAAAACAGAGGAAGUGAAAAUUCGAUGGAAGGAAGCGUUGACUAAUGUAGCAAAUAUCCUUGGAUAUCAUUCUGUGACAUGGGGUAACGAAGCUACAAUGAUUGAAGCAAUCGUUAAUGAUGUUUUGGGAAAACUGCUUUUAACUCCAUCAAAGGAUUUUGAGAACUUUGUUGGUAUUGAAGAUCAUAUUGCUAAAAUGAGUGCUUUGUUGGAUUUGGAGUCUAGAGAAGUGAGGAUGAUUGGUAUAUGGGGUUCCUCAGGGAUUGGUAAGACUACCAUCGCAAGAGUUUUGUUCAAUCGACUCUCUCGACACUUCCAAGGUAGUAUUUACAUAGACAGGCGUUUCAUAUCUAAGAGCAUGGAAACUUAUAGCAAAAGCAACCCGGAUGACUAUAACAUGAAGUUGCACUUGCAAGAAAACUUCCUCUCUAAGAUAUUAGGUAAACAGAUGAUAGAGGUAGAUCAUUUAGGGGGCGUGAAAGGGAAGCUAAAGGACAUGAAAGUUCUCAUCUUUAUUGAUGAUUUAGAUGACCAAAUGGUGUUAGAUACAUUAGUGGGUGGGGAUGACUGGUUUGGUCCUCAAAGCAGGAUCAUUGUGGUUACAAAAGAUAAGCAGAUGCUAAGGGGUCAUGGGAUAAAUUGUAUAUACGAGGUUGGUAUGCCAUCUAAAAAAGUAGCUCUUGAGAUGUUCUGUCGAAGUGCUUUUAGGCAAAACUCUCCACCUGAUGGUUUCAUGGAGCUGGCUUCUGAAGUCGCGGUGCGUGCCGGUGGUCUUCCUUUGGGUCUAAACCUUCUAGGUUCGAGUAUGCGUGGGAGAGACAAAAAGUAUUGGGUAGACAUAUUGCCAACGCUACGGAAAGGUCUAGACGGGAAAAUCGAGAAAGCACUACGAGUUAGUUACGAUGGGUUAGAAAGAAAAGAACAUAAAGCAUUGUUUCGUUACAUUGCAUGUUUUUUCAACGGUGAUGAUAUCAAUUACAUCAAGUUGAUGCUUGCAGAUAGUGAGUUGAAUGUUAAUAUAGGUCUUGAGAUUCUACUUGAUAAGUCCCUUAUACAUGUUAUACCAUCUUUUGAUACGAAUAUCAUCGAGAUGCACUGCCUAGUAGAAGAAAUGGGAAAAGAAGUUGUUCGUGCACAGUCCAGUGAACCAGGAGAACUCGAGUUCCUAUUUGAUUCAAAGAAUGUAUGUGAUGUACUUGAAGAUUGUACGGGAACAAAAAAAAUUAUAGGUAUAUCACUGGAUAUAGAUGAGAUUGAUGAGUUGGAGAUACAUAAGGAAACUUUUAAAGGGAUGAGAAAUCUCCGUUUUCUAAAUAUUUACACUAAGAAAUGGGGACAAAAGAAAGAAGGUAAGUGGCACAUGCAAGAAGAUUUCGACUAUUUGCCACCUAAACUUAGACUCUUGAGGUUGGACGGAUACCCAAUGAGACACAUGCCUUCUAAGUUUUGUCCUAAAAAUCUCGUGAAACUCCAAAUGCAAGGGAGCAAACUUGAGAAGAUGUGGGAAAAAGUUCAUCCACUUACAGAACUCAGGAAUAUGGAUUUACGAGAAUCCAGAAAUCUAAAAGAACUCCCAAAUCUUUCCAUGGCUACUAAUCUCGAGAAACUUAAUCUUGCCUAUUGCUCAAGUUUAGUGGAGCUUCCUUCUUUUAUUCAGCAUCUCAGUGAACUGAAGGAGUUAAACAUGUCAUUCUGUAAAAAUCUGGAGACUCUUCCAACCGGAAUGAACCUAGAAUCUCUCGAACGGCUCGAUCUCGAAAGUUGCUCACAGUUGAAGAGCUUUCCUGAUAUCUCAAGCAACAUCUCUGUGCUCCAUCUAAGCGAAACAGCGAUUGAAGAAUUCAUCCCUAACUUACGUCUAGAGAAUCUCGUUGAGCUUGAAAUGUUCAGUAUGAAAAGUGAAAAAUUAUGGGAAAGAGUUCAGCCGCUUACUCCUCUUAUGGCCAUGGUCUCUCCCUGUUUGACGAAGUUGGUCCUCACAGAUAUUCAAACUUUGGUGGAGCUUCCUUCUUCAUUUCAGAAUCUCAAUAAUCUGAGAGCGUUGAAGAUUGCAGAUUGCAUAAAUUUGGAGAUUCUUCCAAAUGGCAUCAACCUCAAAUCCCUGUAUGCACUCGAUCUGACUAAAUGCUCAAGGUUGAAGAGUUUUCCUGAUAUCUCAACCAACAUCUCAGAGCUCACUCUAAUGGAAACAUCGAUUGAUGAGGUUCCAUGGUGGAUCGAGAACUUCAGUAAUCUUACCUUCAUUUGUAUGGCGGGGUGCAAAAAUCUGAAGCAUGUUUCUUUUAACAUUUCUAAACUGAAAUGUCUUGAGGAUGUUGACUUUUCAAAUUGUGUUGCAUUGACUGAAGCUAGCUUGAACGAUAGUCCAAGUGCGGUGACAAAUGCAGUAGAAAAUGAGGCUUCUCCAUCUCUUCAAGAAAUACCAAAGAUUGUUUUCGAUUUCACAAACUGCAUCAACAUGAAUAAAGAAGCUCUUCUUGAAAAACAAGGAGUAUUACAGGAACUAAUCUUUCCAGGGGAAGAAGUGCCUUCGUAUUUCACUCAUCAAACUUGUGGAACCUCCUCCUCUUUGACUAUCUCUCUAUGUCAUAGCUUUCUCUCGCAACCGUUCUUCAGAUUUAGGGUUUGCGCUGUUGUGAUUUGCGCCAUCUCUAUGGGCACAGGCGGAGUAAAUAUCCAUGUAAACUGUCAGUUCAAAGGCGGAUGUGGAAACAUCUUUGAAUCUUUUGGCCAGCCACAUAGAUUUUGGCCAAUUGAGAAUGGGAGUCAUCUGUUUAUAUUCGACUGUUGUUUCCCUAUAAGCGAAGACAAUGCUCGUCCUCUAGCUGAGCUGAACUACGAUCACGUGGAUAUACAACUUCAUGUCGGUAACGUUGCUUUUCUAGCUCCAUAUAAGGACUCUAUGAUCAGUGUAAAGAGAUGGGGUGUACGUCUCUUCAACGACUAUUCCACAUCGGAGAACGGAGUUGUCAAUCAAAACACUCUUCCACACGUUUGUGAAGACAAUGAAGAAGACAAUAUGGUUUAUGAAGGAUGCCAUGAGACUGAAGAAUGUGGAGAUAACUCUGUGGAUACAGAGAGAUGCAAAAAGCGAAUGCGAACUACAUGAAGAACCCUUCAAGAAUCUACUGACUUAUCCUGCCUUCAAACUUGGGAGGUGGAACAAAACAUAUCACUCUAAAUACUAUUAGAUUAUUAUUUUUCCGUUUCUAAUGUAACAACCAGAUACAAGGAGGACAUGAUACGAAUCAGUUUCUAUUUUAAGAAAGUGAAUGUUAGUAUAUAGUUUCAUUUUCAGAUAUAGUGAGUUCCAUUGAUGGGUAUAGAAUAUAGAUUUGAAUAGUUUGUGACAAUUCAUACUGAGGCAAAACAGAUUUAUGAAAAGUUGGGGAAAACAAAGCUCUAUGUCUUCUCUUUGCCAUUUUUUUAAAAAGUUUGUUUUUUUUUGUUGUUGUCAACAAAGAAGAAAGUUGUUAAUAAGG